CUGCAGUCGAAGUGCAACCCAGAUGGGAAGUAGGAAGUGCGGCGCCGAGCUUCCUGUAUAAAUAAACGCUCUGGCUGCUGCGCCCCAAGCUGCUGGCUGGUUCUGCAAGGUUCCUGCCUGUCAAGACAAGGAGGCGGAGAGGAACUCCUCCUCUUCCCGAGCUGUAGGUCUGGGCGUGGAGUCCUGUGGCAAUCCUGCAAAAGUGUAAAGCUGUCAGCCAGGCGGAGCACGCAGGGAGAGGGGAGAGAAUGAGAGAGCCCCUCCUUCCCGGUGUGCCAGCUGCCCCGGCUGCCCCAGGCUGGACCUGCUAGAGAGAAUCCAGCAGCCUGAAGACCUCAGCCCCAGCCAGGGAUAGAGGAAGCUGAAGACAGACUGAUGGACUCUAUUGAUGGGCUCCAUUAUCUGACCAUGACUGCUGAAAACCCAACUUCCGGAGACCUGACUCCUGUCCCCAUUGUUACUUGCAAGCUUUGCCUGUGCGAACAACCUCUGGACAAAGUGACCAUGCUCCAAGAAUGCCAGUGCAUCUUUUGUACAUCUUGCCUGCGACAGUAUAUGAUGCUGUCAAUCCGAGAAGGAUGUGGGUCUCCCAUCACUUGUCCUGACAUGGUGUGCAUAAAACAUGGGACCCUGCAGGAAACGGAGAUUGCCUGUCUGGUGCCCGUGGCCGAGUAUCAACUUUACCAGCGGUUAAAGUUUGAACGAGAGGUUCACAUGGACCCCCUCCGAACAUGGUGCCCUGUUGCAGACUGCCAGACAGUGUGCCAUAUUGCUGCAGGAGACCCAGGGAAGCCUGUGGUGGUGGAGUGCCCUUCUUGCCACCUGAAAUUCUGCUCAUGUUGCAAGGAUGCUUGGCACGGGGAGACCACCUGUAGAGAACAGUCUAUUGUGCCAGAGCACGGGGCCCUCUUUGGGACAGAGGCAGAUGCCCCGAUUAAGCAGUGCCCGGUUUGCCGCAUUUACAUUGAGCGCAAUGAAGGCUGCGCCCAGAUGAUGUGCAAAAACUGCAAACACACGUUUUGUUGGUACUGUCUGCAGAACCUGGACAAUGACAUAUUCCUCAGGCAUUAUGACAAAGGGCCGUGCAGGAAUAAGCUGGGCCACUCGAGAGCAUCGGUAAUGUGGAACCGAACACAGGUGGUAGGGAUCCUUGUGGGAUUAGGCGUUAUUGCCUUGGUGACCUCACCUCUGCUACUCCUGGCCUCUCCGUGUAUAAUCUGCUGCGUCUGCAAGUCCUGUCGAGGCAAGAAGAAAAAGCACGACCCAUCUACAACUUAGUUACCUGCAAAGAAAUCUGGGUUAUGUGAGACAGCGCAGAGAUAAAGCCCCACUUAGCGACCUUGCCUCCUUCUCCUUGCCAAACUUUGGAAGUGCCUCUGUGUCCAGAUCCUGAACUUGCCUGAUAGCAUUAGGUGUUGGAAAAGGCCAAGUCCCGGGUGCCAGUGUUCCUGCAUAUCCAGAUGUAGCCCCACAGUCCAGAUUGUGUCUGUGGAGCAGGCCGGGAGCUUCAGCAUUGCCUGGGAGACUCUUAACACACCACCAUUUUGCCAUGAAUAGGAUCCCACCAGACUGCUCAUCUUCUGUCCAAACCUAAGGAGCCUGGGUGAAUAUUCGGCGUAGUAAUGGCAUUGCUGUGUUUGGUGGCAUUGCAAACUGAGCAAGAUUCUACUGCCACAAGUCACACGGCAGAAGCCAGGAGUCAGAGGGGAAGGAUAAGACUGUAUAAUGAGAAGUUCUAUGAGCAAUAGAGCCGGCUGCUUAUCUCAGGAGUCAUGCGCUGGCUGGCGUGCCUGUACUGGCUACUGCAAACACGUCUUCAGAGUUCCCACAGUGACUUGGCGGAAACGUAAUAGCUCUCUCCCUGUGUAAUCUCAUCUUCAGGCAGGAGAAACUGCUGUUCAGAGGGAGUUGUCCCUUCCCAGGAAAAGGCUGUAACAUGUAAAACAACGUGGCCUAAUUUAG